ACAACUGCAACUGUCUUAUUACGUCUUGUUGCCUGAAGCCUCUCAAUCUCUUGUGACCCGGUAUUUGAGCACAGGAGAUCUUCACUUCACCACUAAAGCCGAGCACUCACCGCCGGUAUCGAGCGGCCCGGGUGGAGAUCAUUCUUAAUUCAUACUACAUAAUAUGAUCACACGCAAAGCGGAUCCGUCCAGGCGUACUUUCACACUUAUAUAUGUGUCUCAUCCAGUGAGAUCUUUUUUUUCCGCUAUCUUAUCAUUUUCACCUCAUUCUAGCUUAUUCCUGUAUCAUGCCACGUUUGACGAACGAGAGUACAGUAAACCUUCGUACAGGUCGCAAGAUGCCUCGUCUGGGGCUUGGUUCGGGGGGUCUCAGGGAUCAGACAGCAGUCGACGCCGUCGAGCAUGCCAUGAAAGUCGGCUAUCUGAUGGUUGACACAGCGCAGCAGUAUCAGAAUGAGCGGGAGGUCGGUACAGGUAUCGCAAAGUCCGGUAUACCUCGAAGCCAAAUAUUUAUUUGCACAAAAUGGCAACCUAGACCUGAUGGCUCAAUUGAGAGGCCUACUCCGGAGCAGGUCUGCCAAGAAGCGCACCAAUCUGUCUUGAGGUUGGAUCAAUCGGGUUCAGGAAAAGAAUAUCUCGACCUUAUGCUUAUCCAUCACCCUAGACCGGACCCUGAUGGCCGGGCCGUUCACUGGAAAGGAUUGGCUCUGGCUCAGAAGGAAGGUUGGGUGAAGGAUAUUGGGGUAUCAAACUUCAACGUAAAACAUCUUGAAGCACUUCCUGGACCUUUACCGGCCGUGAAUCAGCUAGAACUUCACCCUUGGUGUCAGCAACGCGAAGUCGUCGAUUAUUGUUCUGAAAAGGGCAUCGUCCUGCAGGCAUUCUGUCCAUUAGUCAGGAUCCGAAAGGACAAGUUCGAGGAUCCAGUCGUCGUCAAGGUUGCUAAGAAGCAUGAGAGAGCUGAGGCUCAUAUCCUGCUGAGAUGGAGUUUGCAGAAAGGAUUUAUUCCCAUCCCCAAGGCUAGUUCGGCGGAGAGAAUUGAAGCUAACAAGGAUCUCUACAACUUUGAGCUAGAUUCUGAGGAUAUGGAAGAGCUUGAUGGCCUAGAUCAAGGGGCUUCUGGAAGGGUGUCUGGUAUCGACCCUGCACAUUUGCCUGAUUGAUGUGCUAUAAAUUUCGUGGUGGUCAUUGAUGCAGUGUAUAUAUUGAAUCCCGUCACUGUUUCGCAUGUAUAUUUGGUAGAUCAGU